AUGUCUGACAAUGUGAGCAGCACAGUUGGCCCAUCAGACUCAGGGAAUGGAAGCCUGUCGAAUAGCGCAGAGGAGCAGUCUGGGGCGGAGGCCGGGAGGGAGACUUCCUUAGAUACUGGACUGAGCUUGAGAUUCACCAGAAAUGGCAAUGGUGCCGAGGAUGGUGGUGCUGUCUGCCUUCCCUACAUAGACACCGACACAGAAAAUGAAAGCAUAGUCUCUGAAAGUGUGGGAGACAGUGAUGAACCCAUCAACUAUGGCCGCUUAGGAGAGGAGGAAGAGGAAGAAAGGGAAGAACAGCCCCAGGUACAGUGCCACGAGCCCCACCAUUAUCAGUAUUUAUCAGAUGAGGACGGUGCCCUGGAGGACUGGAUGGCCUCAGAAACAUCUGCCCUGCCAUCCCCUCGCUGGAAGGCUCUUACUGCUCUUCGAGAGCGGCAGCUGGGUUCAAGUGCCCGCUUUGUAUCUGAGGCUUGUGGGGCAAGAGUCUUUGUGCAGCGUUUCCAUCUGCAGUAUGGGCUUGAAGGCCAUAGUGGUUGUGUCAAUAGUGUGCAUUUUAACCAGUCUGGCAACUGGCUGGUCACUAGCAGUGAUGACCUCAGAACGAUAGUUUGGGAUUGGAUAUGUAAGAAGCCAGUACUGCAAUUUGAGACUGGUCACAAAAAUAAUGUCUUUCAUGCCCAGUUCCUUCCCAACACUGGUGAUUCUGUCCUGGCCACAUGUGCCCGUGAUGGGCAGAUACUGGUAACAGAACUCCUUGCUCAGCCACCCUACCAGCUUUCUAAGCGUGUGGCUUUCCAUAAGGGAGCCAGUCACAAGAUGGCUAUGGAGCCAGACACUCCUUUUACGUUCCUAACUUCAGGUGAAGAUGCAGUUGUCUUUGCCAUUGACCUCAGACAAAACUAUCCAGCUUCAAAAGUGGUGGUAACAAGAGAGAAUGGGAGGAAAGUAGGACUGUAUACAAUCUUUGUGAAUCCUGCCAAUGCUUACCAGUUUGCUGUGGGUGGACAAGACCAGUUUGUAAGAAUUUAUGACCAGAGGAAAAUUAAUAAGAAUGAGAAUAAUGGAGUAUUCAAGAAAUUCUGUCCUCAUCACCUGGCUACUUACGAUUCCAAAGCAGCCAUCACCUCCGUUGUGUACAGCUAUGAUGGCACAGAGCUCCUGGCCAGUUACAAUGAUGAAGAUAUUUACCUCUUCAACUCCUCUGACUGUGAUGGGGCCCAGUAUAUUAAGAGAUACAAGGGGCACAGAAAUAAUGCCACAGUCAAAAGCGUCAAUUUCUAUGGCCCCAGAAGUCAGUUUGUGAUGAGCGGAAGUGAUUGCGGGCACAUCUUCCUCUGGGAGAAAUCAUCCUGCCAGAUUGUUCAGUACAUGAAGGGGGACAUGGCAGGUACUGUAAACUGUGUUGAGCCACAUCCCUCCCUACCUGUGAUGGCGACCAGUGGCCUAGACCAUGAUGCCAAGAUCUGGGCACCCACAGCUAAUGCUACCACUGAGCUUACUGGGUUAAAGAAUGUGAUUAAGAAGAAUAAGCAGGAACGAGAUGAAGACAGAUCACACCACACCGACCUGUUUGACAGCCACAUGCUUUGGUUCCUCAUGCGUCACCUGACACGGAGAGGUCAACACCGGCACCAGAGAGAUCCUGCAGAGGGAGGAAUGAAUGCAGAUACGGAUGAGUCUUCCAGCACCUCAGAUACAUCCGAGGAAGGAGAGAACCAAGACCGUGUGCAGUGCCUGCCGUCCUGA